AUCCUGUUCAGACAAGGGAGGAGCAGAUCUUUGCCAGACGAGUCUGACAGUCUCUACCCAGACAUGCAUCCCAAGGUGUUUGCCUGCUUGCUGCUGGCCACCCUCAUAGCCACCGGCCUCUCCAGAUCCACGUCUGCAUCCCGUCAGGGGGAGGGUAGAUCGAAUAAGCAGAGGACGGCCGUGCCAGGACCCGAGAGGACACAGAAGAGUGAUGGCAGGUGGAUUGUCCGACGGGAGUGGCCAGGAGGGCUGUCCAGGGACCAGAAGCAUCUGAUUUCCCAGUUCCUGCCCCACAUUUAUGCAGCCGAGCUUUCUGGGAAGGAGAAUUCUGUGCAGAUGAACGACGACCUCCAGAGCCACGAUUACCCCACCUGGAUGGACUGGGGACGCCGAAGCCUAAAGGAUGUGAAUGAAGAUGCCUAACUUAGGGGUCAGCUCCCCAAAGGAGUAUUUCCUGCCAAAGCCCCACCGGGUUGGGGGUGGAGGAAGGGACACGAGACAGUCCUUUUACUAUCAUAUUGUCCUUUUCCAGAUCUGUGUCUCAUGCAUGUUU